AUGGAUCCUCUAUCUAUAUUGUCGGUAGUGGCCGCAACGAUACAGUUUGUUGACUUUGGACAACGAUUAUUCUCGGAGACAUGGCAAAUCUAUCGCUCUGCUUCAGGCCAGACCCUCCAGCUACAGAAUCUCUCGGCUAUCUCAUCGGAUCUCUCUGGGCUAUCCACAGGCGUAAAAGAGGCUUUUCAAUCUCGAAAUAAGAGCAAUUCUUGCUUAGAGGAUGCCGACAAAGAGUUGCUUCGCCUUUGUGGCGAGUGCGAUGCCAUCGCCUCCAAAAUCCUUACAGUUCUGCCCAAGAUUAGCACCGCCUUCCAAUCCGAACUAGCUCAGGACAAGAAAGCGGUUGAACGAGCCUGGCUUGGGUCAUACGAACCAAGAUCAGCGGGAGAAUGCUUCCGAGCAGCAUUGAAGAGUUGGUGGCAGCGAGAGGAGAUCGUGGACAUCAGUGAACGCCUCGAGAAAGUGCGUCAAGGAAUGAUGAUGGCCGCAACCAUGUCGAUCUGGUACAGCACCAAAGACUGGGAGCACCAAUUUAGCAAGAAGCUAGAUAUAAUGAUAGGCAUGGUGUCUCAAGCUUUAAAGACAAGCGAAUAUGCAGGCCCGGAGCAAAAACGAACCGGAAACAAAAAGACGGCUGAGAAGAGUGCUGCCGACUCCAUACGACAGAGCGAUCUGACGGCCCAGAUAGUAAGACGUAUUUGGAGUCCUCACUGGAAAUUCGAUCGAGCCCUUCUGGCCUCCUUCCCACAGCAGACUGACCUUUCAGCCGACCAACUCAAGUCAAUCAUCUGCGAAAGCUUGAGGUUUGACUCGAUGGACAAUCGUGAAGAAGCGAUCGCCAAGACGUUCGACUGUACUUUUCGAUGGGUGUUCGAUAGGAGCCCACAGAUUUCGCCCGAAGGAGCCCCUAUGUGGUCCAGUCUCCCAGAUUGGCUUGAGGGAGAUUCUGGUCUCCCUUACUGGAUCACUGGGAAGCCUGGCUCUGGCAAGUCCACCAUGAUCAAGUUCAUCCUACACCAUGAAGCAUUGGACGGUCACCUACAGAAGUGGACUCGAGGGUCUCCAUUAUACAAGAUCAAGUACUAUGCGUGGAAGCCAGGAGCGGAGAUGGCAAGAUCAGUCGAUGGAUUGUUGCGCACUCUCCUUCACCAGGUUCUCACCAUGAGCCCUGAUAUGACGCCAAAUAUCUGUCCCCGACGCUGGUCCCUAUUCCACGCAGUUCGUGAGAUCGGAUCGUUCCCUCCCUGGACCACUUGGGAGUUGGAGGAAUCCUUUGCACGCCUGCUGGCUUUCAAAGAAGGUGGUGCUCGCCUCAUCCUCUUUAUUGAUGGUCUAGAUGAGUUUGACAUUGCUCCCGUUGACUUAUGCAAGAGGAUACAGGGCAUCUCCGCUCACCGAACCGUCAAAGUCUGUGUUGCUAGCCGGCCUUGGCCACAGUUCAGCGACGCCUUCGCAAGUAGCCCGGGGCUGCAGAUGCACCUUCUGACGGAUGCCGAUAUUCAGGCCUUUGUUCGCGGCCACUUCUUUGGAGUGGUCGCUUUUCAGGAGUUGAACGAUUUGUACAGAGGUGGCGGUGAUCAGCUGCUUGAAGACAUUGUGAAGAAAGCCAAGGGCGUCUUCCUCUGGACCGCGCUGGUUACUCAAACACUCUUAGAGAACCUUGUCGAUGGGUCAAGCCUACCACACCUCAAAGCGAUUCUCGACAUGAUGCCAAGCGAGAUCGAGAGUCUAUACGACGCCAUCUAUGCAGCAAUUCCCAGGAGACUCCUUCCAGAAGUAUCUGCAACUCUGCAGCUAUAUGUCCUGGCUUUCCAACCACUCAACUGGAUGACCUUCUGGCUCUCUGACGAGACCAGGGAUGGAUCAACCACCAUCCACACUCAGUCUCUAGACAUGGACAAGGUACAAGCGUCUGUGAAACGGAGACUCGGGGCCCGUACAAGGGGCAUCCUGGAACUCGUACCUCGAACACAAACUAUUGAAUACCUCCACCGAACAGCGGCUGAGUGGAUCAACCAAAAGCGUGUCUGGGAGCAACUCAAAUCCGUGAGCCCACCAGACUUCGAUCCUCAUUACUGCCUACUUCAGGCAGAAGCUAUCCAAGCGGAGAAUUGGAAACCAUCCGAACGCUUCUUCCUCCCGGGCAGUGUCGCCUUUUGGAAGGAUGUGACGAAAGGGCUGCAUUACGCCUCUCAAGUUGAUCCCGCUGUCAUCCCAGAUAUAACACUGGCAACUGCCCUUGAUCGAUUUCAUGAUGCGGUUGCAAAAACGUUUACAACCUUCAUCGGCCUGGAAGACACUGAUUCUACUGCCAGGCUAUCCUGGGCAUCGUACCAGCCCAUGAAAACGCAGGGUGUGAAAGCAAAUACCUUCAAUGGCCUGACGGCGCAAUUUGCCAUUGUCCCGUACAUUCGCUAUACGUUUAAGGACAAGGCUACAUCAUUCCACCCAGUACCCCAGAAGCGGUCUGUAGCCUUGCUUGAGCAGGUUAUUUUUGGACCUGUAGCAUAUAGUGCUCCCGGAGUGCUGGCGAUUCUCGACCAACCGAACCUGCCGAAGGUCUCAUAUUCCCAAAGGUUACAAGCACUCAGUUUUCUUCUCGAGCGUGGGGUGCGACAACCUGGUAUUGUGGCCAUGGUCAAGGAGCAUGGAAGUGAUGAGAACAGCAAGGGUAACGGCGGCGAUUAUGGCCAGUAUCUUAGUGAUGUUUUACAGCUGCUAGUUCAGCAUCGAGCAACAAGCGGAGAGAGGAGGAGUUACAUGAAGAGGUUAUUCAGGCUGGAUUGA